AUGGCGCCAGAUAUAGAAACUGCAGAGAGCUGCGACACGCCAUCCGAGAGGGCGGCGGACAAUGCGCAGCGUUUUCCCAACCUGUCAUGGACAGAUAGCAGCGAGUCCUCUAAUGACUUUCGAUCCGAUAUAUUUACCAGGCCAACAUUGCCUAUGCUGGAAGCCAUUGUCAAUACAACGCUUGGGGACUGCACCGCGGACGAAGACAAGACCACCGUUUCUUUCCAGGAAUAUGUUGCCGACCUGGUCGGCCACGAGGCAGCGCUUUUGGUCAUGUCCGGGACCAUGGGCAACCAGGUGGCCCUUCGGAGCAUUCUGCGCACUCCGCCUCAUGCUAUCCUCGCUGACCAUCGAGCACAUAUUGCCACAUUGGAAGGAGGUGGCGCGGCAAGCAUCUGCGGGGCGAUGAUCAAAGCUAUUGUUCCAUCCAAUGGACAUCAUCUCACUUUGCACGACAUCCAAGAACAAAGCAUCUUGAGAGAGACGGUAUUCGACUGCCCCACCAGAGUUAUUAGUUUGGAGAACACGCUCUCGGGUACCAUAAUGCCGCUUUCCGACAUACGAGCCAUCUCCCUCUGGGCGCGCGCCCAGAACCCGCCUAUUCACAUGCAUCUCGACGGCGCUCGUGUCUGGGAAGCAGCGGCUGCUGGAGCCUGCACGCUGAGAGAGAUUGGAGAAUGCUUUGAUAGCAUCCAGCUAUGCUUGACAAAGGCUCUUGGAGCGCCACUUGGCAGCGUGGUUACUGGAAGUGCGUCCUUUAUCAAGAGAGCGAAAUGGAGUCGCCACCUACUCGGUGGUGGCAUUCGCUCCUCGGGUAUCAUUACCGCGCCGGCAAAGGUAGCCAUCCGUGAUGUAUUCUUUGGCGGUAAAAUAAGGUUGGCGCAGGACAAGGCGAGAUGUGCGGCAAGACUUUGGCAAGACCUGGGGGGGAAGCUUCAACAGCCGACGGAGACGAACAUGGUAUGGCUUGAUCUUCCAGCGUCCCGUGUCGACCGCGAUGAGUUUUAUGCUUUGGGUCGCCAGUUGAAUUUGAAAAUAUCAAAUAGUCUGAUGGUGGGACGGCUUGUUUUCCAUUACCAAAUUAGCGACGCUGCGUUUGCUAGACUCUGUGACCUCUUCGAGACUGUUCUCAAAGGCCGGACGGUGCAGAGUGUUAACAGCGAGUAG